AUGCUCCGCUUGAUCUACGAAGAGUCUACUAUGUGGCAGAGCUCGGAACAGAUAGUUGCCAUUGUCAAAGACGAAUCAAGGGUCAAUCUGCUAAAGCUGCUGGAAUGCCGGACCCGACGCUCAGCGGAUUCUGCUACAGCACCUCAACUCACGAGGAAGAAAAAGAAGAUCGUUGCUGCCACACUGGCAGUAACGUUGCUGAGAGCCCUUGGUAGCCGGUGGCUAGAAAAAGGAUGGGAAGCCGACAAGAUCUUCUUUCUCCCAGAGUCAAAGCCGGGCAGCACAGUUGAGUUUGAAACGCCGUAUAUUCUGUGUUCCCUGGCGUCAGAACUCGACUGUGAGGCCGAGUCCUGGGACGCAGCUUCGUCUUACUCGGCCAUUUUCGCCUUUGGUGUACUCCUUUUAGAGCUUGAACUCGAUGAAGGCAUAUCGGUGACCAUGGAAGAUGAGCAGGAGGCUGACGAAGAAUAUUCCCCGGUUUAUAUGACCCUACUGCGAACCUUCCAGUUUCGAGAAGAAGACCUGGAUGACCAAUAUAUUCAACAAGUCAUUGACUCAUGUCUUGAUUUCAACGAUCGUGUCGACUCCAUUCAACAUCCCUCCUUUGACCAAGAUCUCAAGUUCCGGGCCGCGAUAUUGCGGUAUAUUGUGGAUCCCCUGAUCGAACGCCUGAAAACCGCGCACCGGGAUGUACUCCUGGAUCUCCUAGGCAUCGCAACCCAGCCCGCCCCGUCGCCGAUGAAGGCCGGCCUACCCUCCAGGGCCCAGAAUCCUUCGGUCCCCUUUUCCUCAUCUGCCCGUAGAGGAUCGCCACUAUAUCGCAUCGACGAGGUCCAUUCAGAACUCUCGCUCGGCAGAAGUUCUCGUGCCACAACGUGGUCAUCCCCAGACCUGCAGACGACAACACCGAGCCGCUCACGAGAUCGAGGGGACUUCAAGAUUGCCAUAAUAUGCGCACUCACCCUUGAGGCUGACGCGGUGAAUGCAGUGUUUGACCAACGAUGGGAUGAUACAGAGGAUGGGUACGGCAAGGCACCUCGUGACCCGGACGCAUACUCGACCGGCAUGAUCGGACGCCACAAGGUUGUUCUGGCACACAUGCCCGGAAUGGGCCAAGAAAGUGCAGCCAGCGUUGCCGCCAAUUGUCGAGCCAGCUUCAAGGGCAUUGAGCUUGCUCUUGUCGUCGGCAUCUGUGGCACCUCACCGACCACAAAGGCGGGAGAUGACAUUGUCCUUGGAGAUGUGGUAAUCAGCAAAGGCAUCAUUCCGUAUACAUAUGGACGACAAUACCCUGGAAAAUUUGUCCGAAAAGACUCUGUGCUGGACAACCUGGGCAGACCCAACACCGAGAUCCGGGGUCUUUUGGCCAAAUUGAAAGGGCGUGGACAUCGCAAAAACUUGGAAGAUAACAUCGCCAAAUACCUCGCCUCCUGGAACACUGAACUUGGCGGGAUAGCCACCUACCCUGGAACCAAGCACGACAAGCUGUUUGAUUCUCGCUACCGUCAUAAACACCAGUCACCAUCAUCCUCAUGUACCACAUGCGCCGACUGCACGAAACCUACUGACCCGGUAUGUGAAGAAUCCCCCGAGCUUUCCUGCGAGCAGCUCAAUUGCGACGAAACACACCUUGUCCGACGAGACCGGCUUGUCAGGGACGAGGCCGCCCAGUCGGCUAGCGAGACUCAACAGCCCCCCAUCAACCCCAAGGUACAUUUCAGCCUCGUGGCUUCCGGGAACAUUGUGAUGAAGUCCGGCGAGGACCGCGACUCGAUUGCUCACAGAGAGAACGUGAUUGCCUUCGAAAUGGAAGGCGCAGGGGUGUGGGAUGUCUUCCCUUGCCUCGUCAUCAAAGGCGUGUGCGACUAUGCCGACAGCCACAAGAACAAGAGGUGGCAAAACUACGCUGCAGCCACAGCAGCGGCCUGCAUGAAGGCUUUCCUGGAAAAUUGGACAUCUGGCACUUCUGGGAUGUGA